CGAUUGGAACGUUUUGUCCUUCACUAGCUUCGGUGGUUUGGUUGCUGUUCAAACAUGGCUUCGUUCAUGAGAAGAGUGUUUCCUUCCUUAGGUCGAACACAUAUUAGUAGUUUAGGACUUAAACCGACCAGCAGAGCCUCAUAUGCCACAGAUUUGGCCACAUAUUUUUACGCAGCUAAGAAAGGUGUACCGGAUAGAGGUGGCAGAGAGCCUGCUGUCAGAAGACCCAAAAGAGACUCAGGAGAGCCUAGGACAGAGAAGAUGUCCGUUGAUCAGGACUGGACUGCUGUUUACCCAGCAGCAGCUGUCUUCAAGGCACACGCAGUCCCUCUUCCUGUAAGGAUGGGCUACCCUAUGAACAGAGGAGUUCCUCCAAAAAAGGAGGGCAACUUGGAGCUGAUAAAGAUACCAAACUUUCUGCAUUUGACACCAACAGCUGUCAAGAAACACUGUGACGCUCUGAAACCUUUCUGUACAGAGUGGCCCUCAGCCUUGGACACUGAUGAUAAAUGUGACAAGUAUUUUCCUAUUAAGGUGCAAAGCACAGACUACGUAUCUGCAGGUCCUUCUGUCAGAAACCCUGCAGCUCGUGUUGUUUGUCUCAGAGUAAAGCUGUCCAGUUUAAACUUGGAUGACCACGCACGGAAGAAAAUGCUCAAACUUGUUGGGGAGCGAUACUGCAAGGACUCUGAUAUCCUCACCAUCACAACUGACAGCUGCCCUCUGAGACAGCAAAACUAUGACUACGCCAUGUACCUGCUGACUGUUCUUUACCAGGAGUCUUGGAAAAUUGAGACCUGGGAGGCUGAGAAGACCAGAGCAGACAUGGAGGAGUACAACUGGGAGGACAGCCAGUCCCAAAGAAACCUCUUAGACACGCUGCUGCGCAUGAAAGUGACUAGUGAGGGAGAUGAGAAGGAAGUGAGGGAGCAGCUUCUGGGACAAAAGGAGGUGCAGGAGUUUAAGGACUCGGUUACACGGCUGAAAAACGAAGGAGAAAGCGAGAGCAUCAUGCAGCAGUACAAGGAGGCCGUUCGAAAAGUGCUCCACCUGUAACACCAGCAAAUAAUGCAUUUACAUGAAAAUGGAAACCAAGAACGACGACAUCGAAUAUUUUCAA